UUGCUGCUCCGGAUACAUACGGAUAGGGGCGCCCCAAUUGAUUUUUAAUCCGGGUCGGGUCGGGCGGGGGCGAUGCUACAGGUUACAGCAGUCGAGUCUUUUCCGUGCCGGUUGCUAAGAUAAGUCUGAUUGCCGGAGGUGGCAGUCAAGGAUUUUGGGGAAGUAAAGAAGAAAUUAGGGAUUUGAGUCUUGUAUGGAAGAAGAGAAGAGAAGAGAGAGCAGAGUGGCGUAAGAUAGACCGGUGGGGGGAGAAUCUUCGAAUCACCACAACUUGGUUUGGUUCUUGCUCCUUUUUCUCUUCGCGUGCUUCGUACGGUCUAUUUAACGCUUAUCUGCUUUCUCCCCUCUCUCUCUUGCUCGCUCUCUCUCUCUCUCUCUCUCUCUCUUUAUUUCUCCUACCCCUGUUUCAGUUCUUGCAGGAGUUGUCUCUGUUUGGAUUUCUAGUGUGUGAACUUAUCUGGGCUUUGAUCCUUUUUGCAGUAAUUGUAGUCUAAUUUGUUGUUGUACUGUUUAUUAUAGACUGGAAAAUAGAAGGGUUGUUUAUUCCUUUGUCUUUAGAAGUAAAGAUUCAGUAUUUGGGGUUAUUUACAGUUUAUUUGUUGCUUUACAUAUAGAGAAUGGAAAGGAAAUAAGAAUAAACAAGUUGUACUAUACUACUACUUUACUGGUUCUAGUUGUUUAUUCAGUAUAUUAAAGCAUUGUGUUGGCAAAUGGAUAAAGAGGAGGGUAGGGAUUCAGUUAAUUCUUGUACUCAUGCUGCUGAUGGCAGACCGUCAUACUGGCUAGAUGCCUGUGAGGACGUGUCAUGCGAUGAUUAUUUUGUUGACUUUGAACCUGCAACAAUUACUUCAAUUCCCGAACCGGAGUCACACUCUCAUGGAGGCUGCCAUGUCACUUGCUUUUUUGGUGGAGAUGAUCGGACUGUGGACAGCAUAAAAAAUGGCAACUCUGAUUUGCCUACUCAUACAAUCACUAAUCCGAGCAGGAAUCCACUUCAAAAUUCCUGCUCCUCUGUCCAGAAAGCCCUUGUGCAGGAUCAACACUCAGUGUCUAGGCCUGCAAUUGUUAAUUGCAAUGGCAAAAGGCCUUCUUUCUAUAGUAAUGGGUUCACGAAUGAAGAAACCGACAAUGGUAAAAUGCACCAUGAAUUUUACGACUCUGAUCAAAGACAUGACAAAAAGAUUCGUGGUAGGGAUCCAAAGAAGGAGAGGAGAAUUUGGGAAAGGGCUCCUGGAAGGAAGAGACAACGUGGUUGGGAUGAUCCAGAGACUGAUGGGCAGGUCAGAGACAAACUGAGGAGAAGAGAACGCUAUAGUACAGGUAGCUGGAAGGAGAGGGACUACAGAGAAGCCAGAGGUUACUGGGAGAGGGAGAAAGAAACAAAUGAAUUGGUUUUUCGUGUAGGUUCUUGGGAAUCUUGUAGAAACAGAGAUGAGAAGGUGAACAGUCAAAAAAGCAACAAAUGUACUGGAUCUUCAGAAGAGAAGAAAGAUGAGCCAAAAGAGAAACUUCCUGAGGAGCAAGCUCGUCAGUACCAGUUGGAUGUUCUUGAGCAAGCGAAGAAGAGAAACACAAUUGCUUUUCUUGAAACAGGGGCCGGGAAAACACUGAUUGCUGUCCUCCUUAUGAAAAGUGUUAGCACUGAAUUGCAAAAACAAAAUAAGAAAAUGCUUGCUGUCUUUUUGGUGCCUAAAGUUCCUCUUGUUUAUCAGCAAGCAGAAGUAAUCCGUGAGCGAACAGGCUAUCAAGUUGGCCAUUACUGUGGUGAAAUGGGUCAAGAUUUUUGGGAUGCGCGGAGGUGGCAACGUGAGUUUGAAAGUAAGCAGGUCUUAGUGAUGACGGCUCAAAUUCUUCUGAACAUACUUAGACACAGUAUAGUAAAAAUGGAAGCAAUCAAUCUCCUUAUUCUGGACGAGUGUCAUCAUGCUGUGAAGAAGCAUCCUUAUUCUUUAGUAAUGUCUGAGUUCUAUCACACCACGCCAAAGGAGAAGAGGCCAUCAGUUUUUGGGAUGACUGCAUCUCCUGUGAACUUGAAGGGUGUUUCUAGCCAAGUUGAUUGCGCAUUAAAGAUUCGCAAUCUGGAGAGUAAGCUAGAUGCUGUAGUUUGUACUAUAAAGGACCGUGCAGAGCUGGAGAAACAUGUACCAAUGCCUUCAGAAGUGGUGGUAGAGUAUGACAAAGCUGCUAGUUUAUGGUCCCUGCAUGAGCAAAUAAAACAGAUGGAACAGAUGGUUGAGGAGGCUGCUCGGUCGAGCUCCAGAAGAAGCAAGUGGCAAUUUAUGGGAGCCAGAGAUGCUGGGGCUAAAGAAGAGCUACGCCAAGUUUAUGGUGUGUCUGAGCGGACCGAAAGUGACGGAGCUGCUAAUUUAAUCCAAAAAUUGAGGGCCAUCAACUAUGCUCUUGGUGAACUAGGACAGUGGUGUGCUUACAAGGUUGCACAAGCAUUUCUAACUGCUUUGCAGAAUGAUGAAAGGGCAAACUAUCAACUCGAUGUCAAGUUCCAAGAAUCAUACCUACAGAAAGUUGUCUCUCUUUUGCAGUGUCAUCUAUCUGAAGGAGCCAUUUUAGAGAGUAACAUUGUAGGUACAGACACGGACAGCAGUGCUGCAGAUGCAGAAGGGAAUGGGUCUGAUGAGCUAGAGGAGGGGGAACUUACUAACAGUCAUGUUGUCUCUGGUGGAGAGCAUGUUGAUGUGAUUAUUGGAGCUGCUGUUGCUGAUGGAAAAGUGACUCCUAAGGUGCAGUCACUGAUCAAAAUACUUCUGAAGUAUCAGCACACAGAGGAUUUUCGUGCAAUAAUCUUUGUUGAACGUGUUGUGGCUGCUUUGGUUCUUCCUAAGGUUUUCGCAGAGCUUCCAUCUUUGAGUUUUGUGAAAUCAGCAAGUUUAAUUGGGCACAACAAUAGUCAAGAAAUGCGAACCAGCCAAAUGCAAGAUACAAUUGCGCGAUUCCGGGAUGGUCGUGUGACUGUUUUAGUUGCCACUAGUGUCGCUGAGGAGGGACUUGAUAUUCGACAAUGUAAUGUUGUCAUUCGCUUUGAUCUUGCCAAAACUGUAUUGGCAUACAUCCAGUCUAGAGGUCGUGCCAGAAAGCCUGGAUCAGAUUACAUCUUGAUGGUUGAGAGAGGAAAUUUGUCCCACACAGCUUUUCUAAGGAAUGCUAGAAAUAGUGAAGAGACUUUGCGGAAAGAAGCCAUUGAGAGGACUGACAUUAGUCAUCUCAAGGACACCUGCGGUGUAAAUUCUGGAGAGGCUAUAGUUGGAACUGUGUACCAGGUGGAGUCUACUGGUGCUGUUGUGAGCUUAAAUUCAGCUGUAGGACUCAUCCACUUUUACUGCUCCCAGCUGCCCAGUGACAGGUAUUCAAUUCUUCACCCGGAGUUUAUCAUGGAGCGUCAUGAGAAGCCCGGAAGCCCUACAGAAUAUUCAUGCAAGCUUCAACUUCCCUGUAAUGCACCAUUUGAAAAAUUGGAGGGACCUCCAUGCAGAUCAAUGCGCCUCGCACAGCAGGCUGUUUGUUUGGCUGCUUGCAAGAAGCUUCACGAGAUGGGAGCAUUUACUGACAUGCUAUUGCCAGACAAGGGAAUUGGGGAAGAAGCUGAGAAAGUUGAACAAAAUGAUGAAGGGGAUCCUCUUCCUGGAACUGCUAGGCAUAGAGAAUUUUACCCUGAAGGUGUAGCUGACAUUCUCCGGGGAGAAUGGAUAUUGUCUGGGAAAGGCUGUGAUGACUCCAAGUUGUUUCAUCUUUACAUGUACUCUAUCAAAUGUGAAAAUGUUGGCUUCUCCAAAGAUCCCCUCUUAACUCAAGUUUCAGAAUUCGCAAUAUUAUUCGGCAAUGAACUGGAUGCAGAGGUGUUAUCAAUGUCGAUGGAUUUAUUCAUUGCUCGGUCUGUGAUAACAAAGGCAUCACUUGUCUUUAAAGGGCCCCUAGAAGUUAGAGAAUCUCAGUUGGCAUUGCUUAAGAGUUUUCAUGUACGACUGAUGAGCAUUGUAUUGGAUGUGGACGUUGAGCCAUCCAACACUCCUUGGGACACUGCAAAGGCAUAUUUAUUUGUUCCUUUAGCUGGAGGUAUAUCUGCAGACCCAAUGAAUGAUAUAGACUGGGUUCUAGUUGAAAAUGUUACGGAAACAGAUGCAUGGAGCAAUCCCCUGCAGAGAGCUAGGCCAGAUGUUUACCUUGGCACUAAUGAACGGUCGCUAGGUGGAGACCGAAGAGAAUAUGGAUUCGGAAAAUUACGACAUGGCAUGGCCUUUGAACAGAAAUCCCACCCUACUUAUGGGAUUAGAGGAGCUGUUGCCCAGUUUGAUGUGGUAAAAGCAUCUGGCUUAGCUCCUAAGCGAGAUGCUGGCGAAGUGCCCUAUCAAGUUGAUAUAACAAAAGGCAAACUGAUGUUGGCUGAUUCCUGUAUUGAAGCAGAAAAUCUGGUAGGAAGAAUUAUCACUGCAGCUCAUUCUGGAAAGAGGUUCUAUGUAGAUUCUGUCCGCUUUGAUAUGACUGCAGAGAACUCAUUCCCAAGAAAAGAAGGCUACCUUGGACCUCUGGAGUACAGUUCUUAUGCUGAUUAUUAUAAGCAAAAGUAUGGGGUAGAUUUGAGGUAUAAACAGCAACCUCUAAUAAGAGCCCGUGGUGUUUCAUACUGCAAGAAUCUUUUGUCUCCACGUUUUGAACAUUCAGAAGGUCAUGAUGGUGAAUCUGAAGAGAUAAAUGAAAAAAUAUAUUAUGUUUUUCUCCCUCCAGAACUCUGUUUUGUGCAUCCACUUCCUGGAUCACUAGUUAGGGGUGCACAGAGAUUGCCGUCAAUUAUGAGGAGGGUCGAAAGCAUGCUGCUUGCUGUACAGCUUAAGGAUAUCAUUAGUUAUCCAGUCCCUGCUUCAAAGAUCUUGGAAGCCUUAACUGCAGCGUCAUGCCAGGAGACUUUCUGUUAUGAAAGAGCAGAGCUCUUGGGAGAUGCUUAUCUGAAAUGGGUUGUUAGUAGAUUUCUAUUUCUAAAAUAUCCUCAGAAACAUGAAGGUCAGCUUACUAGGAUGAGGCAACAAAUGGUAAGCAACAUUGUACUCUAUCAGUAUGCAUUGAACAAGGGGCUUCAAUCAUACAUCCAGGCAGAUCGAUUUGCUCCAUCAAGGUGGGCUGCACCUGGGGUGCUUCCUGUCUUCGAUGAAGACACCAAGGAAGAAGAAUUGUCAUUUUUUGAUCAGGAAGUCGAGUAUGAUGAGGGUUUGAGAAGAAAGAUCCAUGAUGAUGAGGAAUAUGAAGAAUAUGAAAUGGAAGAUGGGGAACUUGAGAGCGACUCAAGUUCAUACCGUGUGCUAUCUGGCAAAACUCUUGCGGAUGUUGUGGAAGCAUUGAUUGGUGUAUAUUAUGUCGAAGGUGGAAAGAACGCUGCAAAUCACCUUAUGAAAUGGAUUGGAAUUGAGAUUGAUUUUGACUUGAAAGAGAUAAAUUACUCAAUUAAACCGAGUACUGUCCCAGACAAUAUCCUGAGAACUAUUGAUUUUGAUGCAUUAGAAGGUUCCUUGAAUGUCAAGUUCACUGAUAGGGGAUUGUUGGUAGAAGCAAUAACUCAUGCAUCACGUCCAUCUUCUGGAGUGUCUUGUUAUCAGCGGUUAGAAUUUGUUGGUGAUGCAGUGCUGGAUCAUCUCAUCACACGGCAUCUGUUUUUUACAUACACUGAUUUGCCUCCAGGGCGCCUGACCGACUUGCGAGCUGCUGCUGUGAAUAAUGAGAAUUUUGCACGUGUAGCUGUUAAACAUAACCUUCAUUUACACCUCCGUCAUGGAUCAAGUGCACUUGAAAAACAGAUUCGAGAUUUCGUGAAAGAGGUUCAGAAUGAACUUUCAAAACCUGGGUUUAACUCUUUUGGUUUAGGGGAUUGCAAAGCUCCGAAAGUUCUUGGAGAUAUAGUAGAAUCAAUUGCUGGGGCUAUCUUCCUCGAUAGUGGAUGUAACACAGCAGCUGUAUGGAAGGUCUUUCAACCCUUGUUAAACCCAAUGGUUACUCCAGAAACGCUGCCAAUGCAUCCCGUUCGAGAGUUACAAGAACGAUGUCAGCAGCAAGCUGAAGGCCUCGAAUACAAAGCUAGUCGAAAUGGGAACUUGGCUACUGUGGAAGUAUAUGUUGAUGGUGUGCAGGUUGGGGUUGCUCAUAAUCCCCAAAAGAAAAUGGCUCAAAAGUUAGCUGCUCGAAAUGCUCUCGUUGCUCUAAAAGAGAAGGAGAAGGCUGAAGCCAAAGUAAAUGUGGACGACGAUGGGAAAGAGAAGAAGAAUGGGAGCCAAACUUUCACCAGACAAACCUUAAACGAUAUCUGCUUGCGCAGAAAUUGGCCGAUGCCCCUAUACAAGUGUGUGCAUGAGGGCGGUCCUGCACAUGCAAAAAGAUUUACAUUCGCCGUGCGUGUGAAUACUUCUGAUAGAGGAUGGACGGACGAAUGCAUUGGCGAACCAAUGCCCAGUGUGAAGAAAGCGAAAGAUUCUGCUGCAGUUCUCCUCUUGGAACUUUUGAACAAAUGGUAUGCUUGACGGUUCUUCUAAAGAAGCUAAUGCGUACAGGAUAUAUCAUCAACACAUCUACUUGCAACGUUUGAUUCUUCAUAAGCCCCAACAAAACUAUAGGAACUUGUAGUUAUCAUUUGUGAGGUAGUAGCUAUUCAUUCGAAAUCUAUGCCAAUGUUGCUUAUUUUUCCCUUUGAUCAUUAAAGAUCGGCAAGGCUCCGUCUCCGGCUCGAUGUGGAUAUGGUGAGGAAAGGAGGAAAAACCCAUAAAAAAAGAAAAAGGAACAAAAAAAACGGCAGCAUCAUAUUUUCUUCAGAUUUUCUAUUGUGUAGUGGAAACCAAGUAAAUACUUGUUUAGUUAUUAUUAUUCUUCACCAAUUCAAUUGGUGACAAAGCAAAACACAUUUCCUUUCUGCUUUUCUGCUCUCUUUAAUUGCCAGAUCUCACAGUUAAGCACCAUA